AUGUCUGUCAACCGUAACGUCGAAUCCGUCAACAACAAGCAGGGCGAGUUCCACCCCAGCGUCCCUCGCUCCGAGCCCCUCACCACCAAGGGCCACGCCCCGGGAACCAAGGUCGGCAACGACGCCUACCCCGAGUUCCACGCCCAGGCCUACCCCGCCGGCACCGCGCCCAGGGAAAACACCUUCCAGCCCAACGCCCAGGAGACGCCCGGCCAGGCCCUGAACCCGGAGGCGACGACCUACACCGCCGCGAACGACUUCCCCGGCGCCACGAGCGCCGACGUGCACACCGGCCUCGGCAAGCCCGUGCAGGGCCAGACGAGCGCCGAGCUGCACGGCGCCAACCUCGGCCGCCGCGACCGUGAGAGCGCGGGGCUCGAGGGCGUCGGUGCCUCGGGCAAGGACAACUUCCGCGAGCGCCGUCUCGACGUCGGCGUCGAGCCGGACUCGCGCGGCAAGACGAAGAACGCCUCGGACGUCCCCGGUGCGGAAGAGCGGUUGCCUGCCUCUGCUGAAGAGGUUGCCAGCGAGCGCCGCUAA